AUGGGUUCCGUUGUGAACUCUCCGCAAUUUGUUGCCAUUAUCGUUGGCAGUGGCUUCGGAGGACUGUACGUACUUCACGAACUACGAAAGAAGAGCUUCAAAUGCCUGGUCAUCGAUGAGGCGGCAGAUAUCAGAGAUGUCUGGUACUGGAAUACCUACCCUGGGGCGAGAGUCGAUACGAAAGUGCCACUUUAUGAGUUCUCCAAUGAAAAUAUCUGGCAUGACUGGGUAUGGACCGAAAAGUAUCCGUGCGUGGAGGAGAUCCGCCGAUACUUCCAGCAUGUUGAGUCGAAGCUUCACCUGAAACGAGAUAUUCUCUUCAAUACUCGUGUCACUGCCGCCGAGUUUGAGGAGAGUGCCAGUUAUUGGAAUGUCUCGUCGAGUGACGGUAUCAAACGCUCAGCUCGCUAUUUUAUCCUUGCGACAGGCUUUGCUGCGAAACCUUUGAUUCCCGAGUUCAAGAAUCUGGAAGCCUUCGAAGGCCCCUGUUUCCACACAUCCAAGUGGCCUAGGGGUGGUCUUGACUGUACUGGUAAAUGCGUCGGCGUUGUUGGCAAUGGGUCCAGUGGUUUGCAAGAGAUUCAGGAAAUCGGACCCGUGGUUGACCAUAUGACGGUGUUUCAGCGUAGCCCGACCUACGCUCUUCCCAUGCGACAAAGGCCAUUGGCAGUUGAGGAACAAGACAAGUCUGUAUAUGGAUCCAUGUUGAUCAUGAACAAGGAACUCAACAAGGAGGCCUACGACUUCUGGCGCAGCAAGGUUCUUCCUCGCAUCAAAGAUCCGAAGAAAGCUGCAAUCCUUGCUCCUGAGCAGCCACCUUACUACUCCGGCACCAAGCGGGCGACUCUUGAGCAGCGUUAUUACGAAAUCUACAACCAAGACAACGUCAACCUUGUCAAUGCCAAGGAGAAUCCUAUCGCUGAAGUGCGUGCCAACAGUGUCAUCACCCAAGAUGGUCAAUUCCACGAACUUGAUGCUCUACUACUUGCAACUGGCUUUGAUUCCGUCACUGGUGGAAUUCUGAACAUCCAAAUCCGUGGUCGAAACGGUGAACUUUUGCAAGACAAGUGGAAGAAUGGUACAUGGACGCACCUUGGUCUGAUGACUUCAGCAAUCCCCAACAUGUUUUGCAAUGGACCAACUUGUGCCGAAGUGCAAGGAGACUGGAUUGCCCAGACUUUGGCACAUAUGCGUGCAAAGGGCCACUGCGAAAUCGAACCUACUCCGGCUGCCGAGCAGACUUGGAGAGCUCUUGUCAAUCAGAUUGGCGAUGCUACCCUACUUCCUGAGACUAAAUAG